GUCAGCAUGUGUUUACCACAUUUGGCACCUCUAUGAGUUCCACAGUAAGUUCUGGAAACCAGCAGGAGGGUUCCAAAUCAACUGAUACUUUUGUUGGCUUAGAUGUUGAUCUUUCAGCUCAGUUAGAUACGGUUUUUGGAACCCCAAAAGGCCCAAUAGAUGGAAAACUGGCGGAUGUUGCAGCAGUUUCUCCUGCAGCUAAUGAUUGGCCGGCAGUUGACCUAUGGGAUAAUGCAAAUUCGGGAGCAUCGCAAAAUGCUGGGGAAGUUCUUACAAUUGUGAGACCUAAGGAUACUGAAUUACAAGAUAGUUCAAACGACCCCUCUACUAGCAUUGAUUGGUUUCAAGAUGACACAUGGCAGACUCAGAAUGCACCUGCACCUAAACAUGAUGCAGCAAAUGGAGAUCAUGAUUCUUUUGAUGAGUGGAAUACUUUUACCUCUUCCGCACCCAUCAAAGAUCCUUUCGAGAAUGCUCCUGCACCUAAACAUGAUGCAGCAAAUGGAGAUGAUGAUUCAUUUGAUGAGUGGAAUACUUUUACCUCCUCCGCACCCAUCAAAGAUCCAUUUGCGAAUGCACCUGCACCUAAACAUGAUACUGCAAAUGGGGAUGAUGAAUGGAAUACUUUUACCUCCUCUGUACCCACCAAAGAUCCAUUUGAGAAUGUUCUGGUGCAAAGCGACAAUGACAACAAUAACAAUAAUGCAGAACUAACAAAUUUCAGUUCAAACCUUGAAGAUAUGGAUUUUGGCAGUUUUUCGCAGUCAGAUCCUUUUUCAGGUGCACCUGGUAAAGAGGAUGUUUCUGCGGAAGUGAAUGACAAUAUUUUGGAAGUUCCUACCAUAUUCAGUGCCGUUGAUACCCCAAGCAAGGUUGGUGAUGCUUCAGAGAAUGCAGACAUUCGUGGUGAAUCAAAUCCAUCAAAGAAUAAUAUGGAUAUAGAAGGUAUAAUGUCGCAGAUGCAUGAUCUCUCUUUUAUGCUGGAGACCAAUCUAUCCAUUCCCUCGAAAUCCAACAAUUCUCUUCUCAGGGAUUGAUACCUGGGUUUGUUCACUUGGUUAACCUUCAAGAUUUUUGUAAUCAGGUCGAUCCUGUUCAUGUAUUUUAUUGUAAGAGAAUAUGAUUACUUUUGUAAUUUUCUAUCUUAAAUUUCUUGAAUGGGUACGAAGGAGUAACACAUAUAUGUUGGGAUAUUAUGUUGUAACUGAAGAGAGAAGAAGAGUCCUGUUUCUUUUUAGAGGUAAACAAAUGAACUUUCUCACAUCCCUAGAGUAGCUUUCUGAUUUGCUAUGUUAGUUUGAGAUGUAUUGUCAAUGAACCCACUUUAUGACAUACGCAUAGGAAGAUAUAU